GGCAACAAAUGUUGCCGGAUCUGUCAAAAUCCAUACAUUUUGCCAGCAACAUUGUUGCCCGCAACUACAUUAGACCAUUGCCUUACGCGCUCUCUUUCAUUGUGUUGGUGUGUGAGUACACUUGCACUUAACGGUAUUUGCCAUCGGCUGAAAUUUUUUUUUUCGGAUGACUAUUUGCUUGAACAAAUUAAGUUACAUCCCGGGUAUCAAAAUAUGGGCAUUUAAACUGCUCGAGCGGAAAACACUGCUGGAAUCGGCAACCCCUAUGUGCCUCUCGCGCGCCCGUAUUCAAAAACGUAUCGCGACCUCUCGUUCUGUUUUCGAAUUUUUGAGCUUUUUCAUGGUUUUUAUGUAGGCGGGGCUGUAGCUCCGCUCUACAAUUAUAGUGUAAGACGUGUAACAGUGUGUGUCAUGUCGCAUGCUUCGCUGCAUGGCAAACACGACGACACACGAACAACACCGAAGAGGACGACAAAAACACGAUCCUUCACUGCACACUGGAUUAGGGUGCGCGUACGAUGCGGCAAACAGCGCAAGAAGAAAAAACGAUCCUUCACUGCACACAGGAUUACAGUGUGCGCACGGCGAAUGACGCAGCACAAAAGAAGCACAAAAGGAAGACGAAAACACUAUCCUGUACCAACGCGUACAAUAUGUUUGACACUAUUUGUCACCAAAAUACACGCAUAAACAUUCACACACCAAACACAACACCAACUGAAUUAAUCGUCGUGUGAAAAGGGGAAGAAGUUUCCACAACAUGCACCGAAAGUUUUUUCCCUCACUACAUUUCAAUGCGCUUGCCGAAGCAAGCACGGAGUGAAGGGAAAAAACUAACACCACACGUUAAUGGCAUGAAAAGGCACAUCAACUCUGCAUAAAUCACAACACUGGUCAGCAUAUUGCACUGCACAAAGCAAUCGCGCAUACUUGCAAACUUCCGCGCAUCAUUUACGCACGAACAGAUACAAAAUUUUCUAAGUCCCACAACACGUCCGCCCUGGACUUAGCGCACAGCAAACUGAGCUCGUCACAGUGUGGGAUGAACGCUAGAGUAAGGACGCAGGAUAAACAAUAUAGGUCAGAAAGAGAUGGAAACAAUUCUAGCUUCAACAAACUCUGUCGGCUCACACACACAAUCAAGGGUUUCAUGCUUUUUUUCGGGUUUCGCCGUCGUUUUCCAUGUUCUUCUUGAUCUUUUACCGUAAUUCUCUCAAAUUUGAGGUCUCUUUGCUUGUAGGGAGAUAUCAGGUGGGUUUAUCCCUAAUAAUUUGACAGCUGCGCUGUAGAAAAAUGAAUUAAAAUUUGACGUUUAUGGGUUCGAUUUUUUGUCAAUGUAUGUGUGUGAAUCCUUUGGAACAUGCUAUGUGUGUGAGUGAAAAUAUACGUAUCACAAUCGAACCCACAAACUUCUAAUUGGUUUAGAAGCAUGUCUCCGCGCGUUUGUCAUGUUCGCGUGUUCAGCAUGUCUCCGCGCGUUUGUCAGACUGCUCCAAACACCAACAAGAACAACAAAUGCAUUGGUUUACAACAACAAAUCGAAGCUACUCGCGUUGUUCGCGGGAUCCUAUACAGAAUCGCUAAUGAAUCGCUGUACAUUUGCUUUCCUAAUUUUUAUCAUUAUUAUUAACAUAAUUAUUAUUACAUAUUAAGAGAGGCGAAUCCACAAAGGCAUCAUACAAAAAUAAAACAACAGCAAACAUGAUCGAAGCCUCUUUAUAUUACUGUUUUCUACCACGACUUUUUUGUGAGCUACUAUGCGCAGAGCGAAACGGCCUGUUGUUGUCCAAAUAUGCUGGACAAGUGCAUGCUAAAUUAUGAGGCAUUUAACAGUAAAACAAAUAGAUCAUCAGCAACGUCUACAUCUUGCUGCGUGUAUAGGAAUAGCAAUUUCGCAGAGACGCACUGGUGGCAGAUUCCAGGAUUAGAAACGUUUGCUGCGUAGCGUUGGAAAACAUAUAGCCAACGAUUAACCAGUUUUAACAUUGGAGUCCGAUUUGAUUAGAGGACCGUGAAAUAAAGAACCACCAAUGUACUCGUUCGUCAUAAGUUCACACUGCAGAAUUAUCUCAACAAUUGUAUCUUGCGUAUUCUGACGAACGUAAUACAGCUUCACACGAUUGUGGAACAAUACUCAUAACAGACUGAAAAAUAAAAAUAAAACAACAUUGAAAUUGAUUGUGAAUUGUAAUAACUACACACAGUUAUAUUGUGUUUACGGUCGCAUGCUACAGAAACAGUUUGGCUCACGGGCUUAGCUGGUGCAAUGCAAUGCAAUGAGCAAUUAAAUGAAAGGAUCGAUGGCAAAUGAAAUGUUGUGAUCAGCAACUCUGGCCGGCAAAGACAAGCAUUAGAAGAAUGCUUCGCGGAACACCGGCCACGCAAUCGAUUUGUAUUAAGAGAAAUGCAAACAGAAUUAUUAUUCAUAUUAAAUUGAUAGAACUGUUUAUCUUUCACAACACGAAGAAAGCUGUAACGUGUUCCAAAAUAUGUUAUGCAACUUAAUAUGAGCUACAUUAACACAACAUAGCUGUGUAUAUAUUCCAAUUCACAAUCAAUUCCAAUGUUGUGUUAAUUGUAUUGUUCACUCUAUUAUGACUAUUAUUCCACAACCGUGUGAAGCUGUGGUACGUUCUUCAGAACGCCUUGUCACAAAUAAUUUGCGCAUUAUUUCAUCGGUUGAUCAUUUGACGAUGGGUCUGAACGACAAGCCAUGCAUACAUUCCUUAAGAUAAAAAUAUCGUUUAAAUCAUUAGGAUCACGAAACACAAUUGUUUUACGCUCCAGGUUUUGACUACUCACGACUGUUUUAUCAUCAUCAGCUUCCAUUCAUAUGAUACGACGUAUACGCAUGAUACAAAUGUUGGGAUAAUUCUACAGUGUGAGCAUAUGACGAAUUAGUACUUUGGUGGUUGUUUAAUUCACAGUCCUAUAAUCAAAUCGGAUUCCAACGCCCAAAACGUCUAUUAGCUCAUAAUAAAAUCGUGGUAGAAAACAGUAACAUAAAGAGGCUUCGAUCAUGUUUGCUGUUGUUUUAUUUUUGUAUGAUGUCUUGGUGCAUUCGCCUUUCUUAAUAUGGGCUAAUAAUUAUGUUAAUAAUAAUGAUAAAAAUUAGGAAAGCAAAUGUACAGCGAUUCAUCAGCGAUUCUGUAUACGAUCCCGCGAACAACUCGGAUAGCUUCGAUUUGUUGUUGUAAACCAAUGCAUUUGUUGGUGUUGUUGGUGUUUGGAGCAGUCUGACAACCGCGCGGAUUGUACUGGUAUUCCCCGGUAUACGCCAUACUCGAUAUACGCGAUUUCGCUAUACGCGAUUUCGCUAUACGCGAUUUUUUCGAAACUGACAUUUAACGUCGUUUAUUGCAACAGGUUGAAUUCUUUCUGACAACGUUUGUCAUGCUAUUAAUAUGAAUUUGCAAGUCAUGAAGUGUUCAAUAUGCUGGUCAAAACUGAAUAACCAGGCACAACUUGAACAUGCAAAGAAGCAAAUUAAAAGAAUUUUUCUUCAAAGCCUGUCGUAACGUGUUCCAAUUUAGCAGUAGCAAUAACUUUACACGCUAAAACAUCAUUAAAAUGGCUUCGACUAUUAACAAAAAACGAGCGAGAUGUGCUAUAACGAAUGCGGACAAAUUAGCGAUGAUCCGCAUGCAUACAGAAGGACAAAGUUUUGCAAUGAUAGCGCGGCAAAUUAAACGACCCCAAUCAACCGUGAGAACCAUAAUCAAAGCUAAAGACAAAGUUCUUCAUUCAGCAAAUACAACGGGAACACGGAAACGUGAUGUAGUUAUUGAAGAAAUGGAGAAGCUAUUAACAAUAUGGAUUGAGGAUUUGACCAGCAAAAGAAUCCCACUAAGUUUGAAUACUAUCCAAUCGAAAGCAAAAUCAUUGUUCGAUGAUUUAGCAAAACAUGCAGCAGAAACAGGGCAGCCUACGACGGAAUGUUCGUUCAAAGCGAGUGCUGGAUGGUUUUGUCGAUUUAAGAAACGCGCAAAAUUGCACAAUGUAAAAAUUCACGGUGAAUUAUCAAGUGCUGAUCAAGAUGCUGCUAACAGCUUCCCCGAUUACUUUACAAACAUGGUUCUAGAAAAAGGUUAUAUUGCAGAACAAAUCUUUAAUGUUGACGAAACUGCUUUUUUCUGGAAGAAAAUGCCAUCACGUAGCUAUAUUACCAAGCAAAUGGAAGCAAUGCCUGGAUACAAACCAGCAAAGGAUAGGAUAACCAUUAUGGUAGGAGGAAAUUUGGCUGGAGAUCUUAAAUUAAAACCCCUUGCCGUUUACCGUUGCCGCAAACCACGAGCAUUUAAAAACAUAGAUGCAAAAAAGCUACCAGUUGUAUGGAAAUGGAACUCUAAAGCUUGGGUAACACGCUCCAUUUUUGUUGAAUGGUUUCAUGAAAGCUUUAUUCCUGAGGUCCAACAAUAUUGUGCUAAAAAGGAUAUUCCUUUUAAAGCUUUGUUAUUGCUUGAUAACGCUCCUGGGCAUCCUACGGAAUUGAACGAUUUGCAUCCUAACAUGGAAGUCAUAUUUCUGCCUCCACGAACCACAUGUUUGCUACAACCAAUGGACCAAGGAAUCAUAGCAACACUUAAAUCGUACUAUUUGAGGCGCGUAUUUAAACAAGCAAUAGAGACCAUAGAAAAUGUUCCCGAAAUAACACUGAUAGAAUUCUGGAAAAAAUUUAACAUAUUUAAUGCCAUACAAAAUAUUUCGGAGGCAUGGAAAGAAGUGAAACAGGAAACAAUGAAUGGUUGCUGGAAGAAAAUAAUCCCGGAUUAUUUUAUACACUCCGAUUGCAUUGACAAUCAAAUUCAGAAUUCAGUCGAGGAAUGUGUAGAAUUAGCCAACAGGCUGGAAAUAGAAGUAAAUAUUGACGAAAUGAGACAGCUGAUAGUGAAUGCAGGAGAAACGCUAAGUAAUGAGGAACUAAUACAGGAAAGUACAUUAGAGGCACUGGAAGAUUGUGAAGGCGAUGAUAAUAGUGAGGAUGUGCCAUGCAGCAGUAAAAAAAAUUUCACUGCUAAAAAAUUAGAAUUAGCUUUUAGUUACAUGGAAAAAGCUUUAUCGGCAAUAGAAGAAAUGGACGAAGACGAAGAAAAGUUCAAUAGUGUAAGUCUAAACAUCCGCAAAGAGAUGGCUAUAUAUAAAGAAACUCAUCAACAAAAAAAAAAGUGCUAG